CACUUGGCGAGCUUAGCGUCUUCCUAUUCGAUAGGCCUUCAUGUGCUUUCGACUCUGACUCCAGCAUGAUAUCAUUGGGGUUUCAUAUUCUCAUCGAACUCGUAUCUAACACCUAGGUUUAUGGCCUCCUUCUUUGUAAAAAAAAAGAAAGGGUAGACAAGAGAGGGAGCAAUAAAUAGGGAGCCCACCAGUUAUACAUGGAUACAAGCUGCGGAGUGCGGACUCACCGAGGACAGCAGUGAACUCGAGAGGCGCCUCACACUUCACUUGCUUCACCAUAUCUGCUUAGUUUGUUCCUCUCUCCCCAGAAAGAACACUACUAAUUGAAGGGAAAAAUGAUGUGUAUAAUCAGAUCGAUUAGGCGACCUCUGCUCCAGCUGCACCUGAACGCGGCGGCAAAUUUUUCCUCGUCGGCGGCGGCGGUGGAGGCGGAGAGGACCAUAAAAGAAGGGCCGAGGAAUGAUUGGGCCAGACAGGAAAUCAAAUCCAUCUACGAUUCUCCUAUUCUCGAUCUCCUCUUCCAUGCGGUGUACAUUGUGCUUUGCCGUUUGUAUAAAUGUUCGAGAACGUACAUUUCCUCUGCUUUCCUCUGCUUUGACGGGUUAGGUGGAUGCAGUGAAGAUUGUUCCUACUGCCCUCAGUCUUCCAGAUACAAUACUGGACUUAAAGCACAAAAGCUUAUGAGUGAAGAUGCUGUCCUUGAGGCUGCAAAAAAGAUACUCAGCUUGUUGCAUGAUUCAAAUCUAUUUGUAUAUGAACAGGCAAAAGAGGCAGGCAGCACUCGAUUCUGUAUGGGUGCUGCAUGGAGAGAUACCAUAGGAAGAAAGACCAAUUUCAACCAGAUUCUUGAAUAUGUAAAAGAAAUUAGGGGUAUGGGGAUGGAGGUCUGCUGCACAUUAGGUAUGAUAGAGAAACAGCAAGCUAUAGAGCUAAAAAAGGCUGGCCUUACAGCCUACAACCAUAAUCUUGACACAUCUAGAGAGUAUUAUCCUAACAUUAUAACAACGAGAACCUAUGAUGAACGCUUGCAGACCCUUGAGCAUGUUCGUGAAGCGGGCAUAAAUGUUUGUUCAGGAGGAAUAAUUGGGCUGGGUGAAGCAGAAGAUGAUAGAGUUGGAUUGUUACAUACACUGUCAACACUCCCUACACACCCUGAGAGUGUACCUAUUAAUGCACUUGUUGCGGUAAAAGGCACACCCCUCGAAGAUCAAAAGCCUGUUGAAAUAUGGGAGAUGAUCAGAAUGAUUGCUACAGCUCGUAUUAUAAUGCCGAAAGCUAUGGUCAGGCUUUCGGCUGGCAGAGUUCGUUUUUCCAUGCCCGAGCAGGCGCUUUGCUUUCUUGCUGGUGCAAAUUCGAUUUUCACUGGUGAGAAGCUACUGACGACCCCUAACAAUGACUAUGAUGCAGAUCAGAUGAUGUUCAAGCUGCUUGGUCUCAUUCCAAAAGCUCCGGAAUUUUUGGAGGUUUCGAGCAAAGGGUUUGAAACAGAAAAUGUUGAAGUUGCAGCUACGAAUUAGUUCUGGUUUAUAACACCCUACCUUUUCUGUCUGUUUUUUCUUCGCUAUAUGUAAUUUUGUAGUAUUUAAGUGUAGUCAUGCAGGAAUGUUAUCUUAUUCUUGGUGAUAUUUUAUAACAUUCUCGAUUCACUGUNAAGUUCGUACUUUAGUUCGUGGAUAAUUCAUGGAUUGGGCUGCCUUAUAGAGCUCAUCAAUUUUGCAC